AUGGUUAACAAAUGCUGUGUAUAUGGCUGUAAGUCAAGAGCUGGUCUAAAUAUCAGGUUUCACAGAUUUCCUAAAGGAGAUAUUGGUAAUAAGUGGAUUUCGUAUUUAAGACAGUUUAAUCCAUCAUUUGAAAAGAAAGUUAGUUCAAACGUAUGUGGUCUUAAUUUUGAUCCAGAUUUGGAUUAUGAAAUUUCAAGGACCACUGAUCGUAAGACUAGUGUUUAA